CUGUAGCUCUACCUCACAUCACCAGCAUCAUCACUAUGGCGGGUCUUUACAAAAUUUCGGAAGUUCCUGACUGAAGAAAACUGAUAAAAACAUGUCGCUGUCCACUCAGCAGGGCGAUGACGAAGACAACAACAUCCUCGUGGCUAAAGUGGACAACGCCAGGAACAUCUCCAACAUUCUCAAAGCCAUUCAUUUUCGAGACACUGCCACAGUGUUUGCGUCGUCCAAUGGGCUGAAGGUGACGGUGGAAGAGUCCAAGUGUGUCCAGGCCAACGCCUUCAUCCAGGCGGGCGUGUUCCAGGAGUACGCCAUCCGCCAGGACUCCGCAACCUUCAAGGUCAACCUCACCGUACUGCUGGAGUGUUUGACCAUAUUUGGCAGUAGUUCAGCACCAGGAAUGAACACUGCUCUUAAGAUGUGCUAUGCUGGAUACGGCUCUCCUCUGCAGUUAUUGUUAGAAGAGGGAGGCGUACUGACUGACUGCAGUAUCAAAACAAUGGAGCCAGAUGAGAUGUUAGAUUUCGGCUUCUCCAGCGCCAAUGUGGAAAACAAAGUUAUCAUGAAGUCCGAGUGUCUAAGAGAAGCGUGGAGUGAACUGGACAUGACCAGUGACGUUCUACAGAUCUUGAUGUCUCCAGACAAACCUUACUUCAGACUCUCUACCUUCGGAUAUGCAGGCAGCAUUCAUGCUGACUACCCAAAGGACUCAGAUAUGGUGGAGUCUUUCCAGUGUGAGCAGACUCAGACUAACAGGUACAAGCUGUCCCUCCUGAAGCCGUCGGUCAAGGCCCUGUCUCUGUCCUGUAAGAUCUCCAUCCGAACUGACCACCGAGGAUUCCUCUCGCUCCAGUAUAUGGUCAGGAACGAGGACGGACAAGUUUCCUUUGUAGAGUACUAUUGCUGUCCAGAUGAAGAUGUGGAGGAAUAAUUUGUGUGAAAA